CUACGGCUGCAUCAACUGUUAUCUCUCACAAGAUCAACCCGAACAGUUAUGCAAUAGCUCUCACCUUAUCGAUUAUUUGGGAUGUGUAGUCAUGCGGCUCAACUUUGCCAGUGUUAACGCAAACGAGAAGACUACACAUCCCGCUAGACAAAGAGGCUCGGCGCUUCACUAGUUACACAUUGAAUGUAGUUCGCUCUACUUGAAAAUCCGUUCAUGAUUCAGUUCAUUAAUAAAUAAAUAGUUAGGUGUCAUGGCGGAAUCUGCAGCAUGUCCUGCUUUCCAGCUCGGAAGACCCCGAUACGACCAGGGUUCAUUCCUUGGUCGUCUGAGACACUUCAUAGACAUCAUUGACCCCAGCACUCUGUUUGUGUCAGAGAAACAGUUGAAAGAAUGCAUCAAACUACUUGAUGACUGUAAACAUGGCACGCUUCCACCUGGAGUUUCUGAUCUUCAGCUGUGGGAAGCCCAGAAGAUCAAGCAGGCCAUCAUUCACCCUGACACAGGAGAGAAGAUCUUCAUGCCAUUUCGAAUGUCAGGUACGAUCUCAGGUUAUGUACCAUUUGGAACACCAAUUGUCAUUGGCCUUCUUCUCCCAAAUCAGACUGUGGUGUCUACCAUUAUAUGGCAGUGGCUGAACCAGAGUCACAACGCCUGUGUGAAUUAUGCCAACCGCAAUGCCACAAAGCCUACGCCAACAUCCAAGUUUCUUCAAGGCUAUGUAGGAGCUGUGACCAGUGCUGUGUCUCUUGCAGUUGGACUAAAUAUGCUGAUUCAGAAGGCCAACAAGCUGAGCCCAGCAACCAGAAUGAUAAUACAGAGAUUUGUCCCCUUCCCAGCUGUAGCUAGUGCAAACAUCUGUAAUGUGGGCCUGAUGCGACACAAUGAGCUAUCUGAAGGUAUUGAUGUGCUGGACGACAACGGAAAUGUGGUGGGAUCUUCCAAAAUAGCUGCAAGACAUGCGAUCAUAGAGACAGCCUUCACACGUGUGGUCCUCCCGAUGCCAAUCUUUGUCCUGCCCCCCAUCAUCAUGUCCUACCUAGAGAGGCUGCGAUUUCUGCAGAGCAACCGCAGACUGUUGCUACCCAUCCACAGCGUUGUGUGCCUGAUUACCUUCGGCCUCUCCCUGCCUGUGGCCAUCAGCCUGUUCCCCCAGAUGUCUCAGAUUGAGGUGUCUUGCCUAGAGCCGGAGAUCGCCAUGGCAACGGACUGCAAGGUGGUGACCUACAACAAAGGUUUAUGAUGGAUGACAUGGUGUGGAAGAGGAUAGGACAGGGAGCGAGGAUGAAAAUGAGGCUGCAUUGUGAAUAGCUGUCAGGGAGAACGUACAGUAGGGUUCCUCCAUUAUAGCAGAACCUGUAGAUCGUCAUGUGCUUGUUUUCAAGAGCAAGGAAGGAGCUCUGUAAAUAGAAAUAAUGAUAUUUACUGUAAAAUCUGUUUUUUAGCAUUAAUACAAUUAUUUUAAUAUAUAGUAUACAGUGUUUCCCACUUAUAGGCUAUACUUUGGUGCCCACUCGAGUAUAGUUAUGGCUGCUUUUUGACCCAGUGACAAAGAUUUAUAAAUACACUUUAAACUUGCAA